GCGUUUCAAGUCGUCGCUGGUAGCAUGAACAUCAACCGGCCGCACAAAGGAGGCCUCAAGAUGGGCAACUUUUUCGGCACCUUUGGCUCGCCGAUCCGCACUCGCACAUGGAAGCGGCGGCCAACGACCGCGACGACCCGUUCCGGAAGCCGCCCAAGCCGCACCACCACUUGAGCCCGCACGAGAACGUGUACCAGCGCGCCAAGAAGAAGGACGACGAGCAGCCAGCAAAAGAACCCGCUGGUGACGAUGGCACGGACAUGGCCGACGUGGCGACCGUCAAGAACAACGGCGGCCGCGUCGAGCGCAAACCGUCGGCCAACGACUUUCCCGCCGAGCCACCGCGCGCGCCGCAGAUCCAGCUCGACGUGGCGCGCAAGGCCAAGAUCCCGCUCUUCUUGCGCUCGCCGCUCUUUGGCGGCCCCGAAGAGAAGCCGGAAGCCGUCCCGGCGCGUCCGGCGCCAGCGCCGGUGCAGCCACCGACGCCCCACGCGGUGCCGGCCGUCGGGCGCCCGGUGCAGUCGCGCAACAUCAACUUUAACGAAGUGUCGCUCGGCCGUGUCAUUGGCGAAGGCGCCUUUGGCAAAGUCCACGAGGGCAAGUGGCGCGACCGCCCAGUGGCGGUCAAGCUUCUUAUCUGCCAAGAACUGCGCCAAGACAUCCUCGAAGAGUUUCAGAGCGAAGUCGAAAUCAUGAGUGUUCUCCGGCACCCCAACAUUUGCCGCCUCCUCGGCGCGUGCAUAGACCCGCCUCAUCGAUGCUUGGUGGUCGAGCUCCUUCCGCGCGGGUCGCUCUGGGGUGUGCUUCGCACGAGCCGCUCGAUCGACGAACUCAUGCGCAUCGGGUUUAUCAAUGACACGGCCAAGGGCAUGAGCUACCUGCACAACUUCCAGCCACCGAUUCUCCAUCGCGAUCUCAAGAGCCCCAAUUUGCUCGUCGACCGCAACUACGCGAUCAAGAUCUCGGACUUUGGCCUCUCGCGUGUCAAGGCGCAUGUUCAGACGAUGACGGGCAACUGUGGCACCGUCCAGUGGAUGGCGCCCGAAGUGCUCGGCAACCAAAAGUACACGGAGAAGGCCGAUGUCUUCUCGUUCGGGAUCGUCAUCUGGGAGUGCGUCACGGGCGAGUGCCCGUACGACGGCAUGACGCAGAUCCAGGCGGCGCUCGGCGUCCUCAACCGCAACCUCCGCCCGGUCGUGCCCAAGACGUGCCCGCCCUUCCUGGCGCAGCUCAUGAAGGCGUGCUGGGCGCGCCAGCCGGAGCUCCGCCCGUCCUUUCUCCAGAUUGUGAGCGCGCUCCGCGACUACACGAUUCGCAAGAGCAUGGAAGAGCAGAAGCACUAACUUUGUCCUACGUUAUAUAACAAGAAACAACCUACCACGGUGUGUAGCAUGCAA